AUGUCAGACUACGAAGCCCCCAAGCCUCAAUCCAUCCUUCACCAAAUAGGACGUCUUGGAUCCAAAAUGUACAAGCCCUUAAAGAAGAACAAAUCAGCGAGGGAUGACGAUGUGCAGGAAUCAGCACACGUGCUAGUACUGGACAGCGACGGAGUCCUUGACGAGAAUGGGAUCUUUCACGGGAUUGACGCCAGUGGCCAUGAAGACUUUUCUUCCGUCACCAGCCAAGGAGAUUACGAAGAUAAUCUUAUCGAAGACAUGGAAGACACACCUUUGCCUCAAGCUACAGAGGACGGCAAGUGCGAUGGUAAUUCGCAAAAGGGAAAGGACGUGAGCAAUGAUGCCUCGGCUAGUCGCCGUUCGUCCAACAAAAGUCAUCGGAGGUCAGGUAACUCCCUCCGCAUUGAUACCACAGGAGAGAUGUUCUAG